CAAAGGGGCGGGCCGUUACUGUACAAGGCGCACGCAGCUUGGGAAAACGUGCACUUGAUUUCUCCAGACGCCGUGCCAGCGGACAGAGACCCAGAACCCGUCCAACAGAUCCAGACUUCUCACGCCCUGCCCCCCCCCUCCCCGAGCUCCUCGUCAUGGCUCUGGAUGGCUGUGGCCAUUUCUGCAAGUAUGCCCUGAUCAUUUUCAACAUCAUCUUUGCGGUGUUGGGGGUCGCCCUAUUGGGCCUCGGCAUGUGGCUGAGGUUCAGCUACAGCACCAGAGCCAUCUUCCAAAUAGCGGAACUCAACUCGAGUGCCUUUGUGACGGCUGUGACCAUCAUGAUCGUCCUGGGCUCAGUGCUGCUGAUCGUGGUGAUGUUCGGAGACUACGGCACCUGCAACGAGAAAAGAGGGGCCCUGCAAGUGUUCACCGUGCUUGUGUCCUUUCUGGCGGUGGCUGAAGUUGCUUUUGGAGUACUGGGUUACGCCAACAGAGACGCGGUUGGAGGGAAAAUGGUGGAGUUCUACUCCAGCAUGUAUACGCUGUAUCUGACUAGCGGGGGAGAUCCGUUUAUUGCUGCCACUCUCAGUUUGAUCCACAACAUGCUGCACUGCUGUGGAUUAACCGGGUUCGCCCCCGCUGAGUGGGUCCAAAAAACCUGCCCCUCGCCCGAUGGUUUCCUUGAGCACAUCAAGAUGCCUGGCUGCCCCGCCAUCAUCGCGUCUUUCUAUGACAGCAAAGCACAGCUGGUGAUGGGCAUCUUUCUUGGAACUGGGGCUCUUUUGCUCAUAGCUGCUAUUUGCAGCGUAACCCUCAGCAGACAGAUCCGUCUGUCACACGCAUCGGCUCAGUACAUCGUGCUGACUCACUCCACUUCUGUGCUGACUAACCCUCAACCACCUCAGGAUGGAUUUGUCUCCAACUCCUACUUUGACCAGGACCCAGUCAUCUUCACCCCCCUCACCGUGGCCAACAUCCCUAUGGUUCAGUCCUAGACUGCUCUAGUUGGGUUCCAUGCUUACUUCAUCCCCAUUCAAAACCCAGUAGGCUCUAGCAUAGAACCAAGUCUGUCGUUGUCUUCAAGGCUGAACAUGUUAAGCACCUUUGAGCAUCUCCAGCUUGCUUAUAAAAAAGGAAAAAUCCACCGUUUAAAGGACCUGAACCAAUACCACAGAUCUGAAACUUGAUGUGUUGAAUUAGAAAAGAUUGUUAUUGGCCAAAUGCUGAUACUUCAAGACUUUGAAAGCCGUUGUAUUGGUGACUAAAAGCAAUGUUUCUCGUGAGGCACCGAUUUACCCAUUCUAGUUAUGCAUUUUUUAAUAACUCAAAGCCAAGUCAAUUCCCCUCUACACAUAGUGCUCCAUUAGCUGCAAUCUUUAAUGAUUUAAACUGUUCAUACAGUAAAAUACAUGGGUUGGAUUUUUCCCUUUCAACAUAUACUUAAGCACUAAACAUGUUGCCUUUUUACACUUCCUCCCACUAGUUGCUCUAACUCAUUCUGUGGUGGUUUUAAUCCUGAAGGGGCUGAGGAGUACAUGGUUUACUGCAUGGGCGCACUAUCCAUCCCAGGUCUUUACUUCUUCUUCCCCCCCCCCCCCCCCUGUCUGCA